AUGCAACAUGUCUGUUUUAUAUUUCUCUUCCGUUUAAUUACAAGUAUCAAGAUUGGUGGCUAUUUUGACGAAAGGAGCAACUUGGGAUCUAUCCACCAACUAUCUAAACUAGAUUUGAACCACCGAACCAUCAGCUCGUAUAGGCAGGUACAACCCUUAUUACUACAACCAUUAUCCAUCAUCCAUCUUCCCUUUUCCCAAUCAGUCAUAUUCAAUGAAAACAUUCUUGAUACAUCAAAGAAGCCACAAUUUAUAGAGCUAUCAUACGAGGAGAGCAAUGUGUCGGAAAUACUUGUCGAUACGCCAUCCCCAGGUACGGUUGACCCUUCCAUAGUGAACUGGACUCCAUUAGGCAGUUGUGUAACAAAUUAUGCUGGUGAUAAAGCAACGUAUAGACAAACAUGGUCAGUUGAGCUAGAUUUGGGGUUGGACUUUAGAGUGAGUUAUGGAGGGUAUUUUAUCAAUUUUGGGCCAAGUUAUAAGACAGAGUUCAUUUUUGGAAAAGGUAUAGGUGGAAGUUACUCCUGCGAUGUCGAUCCGGGGAAUACUUUACAAUUUGCAAUUCUCUUUUCCACUUACACUGUCGAAGGAGUCAGAUAUAGAUACCUUAAGAGGAAAAAAAUAGGCAGGGGUGUUCGGUUUGGACGAUGGAUCCCUAUUGCCAAAUACGAACAAAUUGGUAGAAGCGAUAUUCACGUUGCAUGUUUCACCCAACCGCAAUAUCUACGAUGCAAAACUACAAGCUAA